AUGACUGACGAUCUGAACGAACUGAGUCGAUUUUUGCACUGGGGUCCCAUAUCAGCGCUGUGUGUUACCUUAACCGUUAUCUUGACAACAUGGGCUUGGUGGCCGAUGGAUUUAUCAAUCACAAACCGCGCUCACUUUGGCCUCUUUGUGCUGCUCAACCUUUUGGCCGUCUACAACUAUGUUAUGGCCGUGAUGGUGGGUCCUGGUCUUCUGCCCAGGAAGUGGCAACCGUUCCACCCCAGAGAGGCCAAGUUUCUGCAGUUCUGUAAGAAAUGUGAUGGGUUCAAGGCCCCUCGAUCGCAUCAUUGUCGUCAAUGUGAUCGGUGUGUCAAGAAGAUGGAUCAUCAUUGCCCCUGGAUCAAUCACUGUGUGGGCUGGUCCAAUCAAGCUUACUUCGUCUACUUUCUGUUCUUCUACAUGUUGAGCAACCUGCACGCCUCUGUGGUGCUCUGCCUUAGUGGAUUUAAUUACUUAUACGGCAUCCUUUUGCAUGGGGAUAUCAGACGCAUUCCACUUAUCGGUCCUUUGUUAUGUGUUUUUAGUCUUGGCCUGGCUGUGGGCAUUGUCCUUUGCAUGCUCAAACUGCUCUUCAUUCAGAUUGUGUGCAUUGUGAAGAACAUGACGAGCAUUGAGCAAUGGAUUGUGGAGAAGGCACGUUGUCGUCGAUACAGAUCCAAGCGACGGCUGAAGCCCUUUGUUUAUCCCUACAACAUGGGCUGGUACUCCAAUCUUGGCCAGGUAUUCAACAUUGACUCCCAGACACGGGGCAGGGGCAUCGAGUGGCCGGUUCUCAAGGGAUGCGAUCCAUUUACGCUCACAAGGGAACAGAUAGCCCAAAAGGCUGAGAAGCGUCAACGCACACGCACCUUCAAAUGCACACGACACGUCACAGGACAUUGGCUGCCCAUCCUAUCUCAAGGUUUGAUGGUGACUCUAUGUGUUCCCUGCGCCGAUGAUCCUCGUAUUUGCCUAGAGCCCAACGAUCUCAUCAGAGUAACGCGCAUUAGAAAAUAUUGGUUGUUUGGAGAGCGUGUGCUUAGCGAAGUUGAAGAUCACAGCAAAAGACUGCGCAGGGGACCCAUUCGUGGUUGGUUUCCACGUCGAUGUGCCAUCGAUAUCACUAACUCCUUGCCCUCCACUUUAAGCGGAGAGCCAGAUGCAAAUAAAACGACUGAGAAAAGGAAAUGUAUUGGAAAGCAAAAACAGCUUAAGUUAAAUCAAGACUAAAUGAGAUUACUCAUUGAUUAAAUAUAUUUUUAAAAAAAUA